CAAAACUCAGAACCCCAAUGGGUUUGACUUUAGUGACUUUUUGACUCCCAGUUCAGGGAAGUCGAAAUAGUGCGCAUUUGAAACCGACCAUGAACAAUGUCCGGCUCCUCCUCCGCCGUGGCUAUGCCACCAAAUACAGCGGCAGAGUCAUCACCGAAAUGGACAACGGCCGUUCAUUCGCUGUCGAAGUCCAAGUCCCAAACAUCCAACAACUUGACCCCAGAGGCUACCCUCUCCCUCGCCGUGACCUUGUCUGCAAGAUCGUCAACAUUCUCCAGUCCCGCUCAUCAGACCCCUUCAUCGAACUAUCCGACUACCUGGAAACUCUAACCCUAACCCUCACCGCUUCUGAAGCAGCCGAAAUCCUCAAAUCGCUCCAUUCUACAUCUCUUGCACUCCAAUUCUUUCGAUUUUGCCCCUCUUCUAUCCCUAAAUUUCGCCACGAUUGCUUCACCUACAACCGCAUUCUCCUCAUCCUCUCCAAGUCUUCCUCCCCUGACCGAUUCGACUCUGUCCGUCGUAUUAUCGACGAGAUGGAGCGGUCGCGCGUGCACGGCAACAUCUCCACCGUCAACCUUUUGAUCGGAAUAUUCGGCGGCGGUGAAGAUUUGGACAGGUGCUUACGGCUGGUUAAAAAAUGGGAGCUCAGGAUGAAUCGCUAUACGUAUAAAUGCCUUCUGCAAGCUCAUUUACGCUCUCGUGAUUCAAACAAGGGCUUGGAAGUUUAUCAAGAGAUGAAACGGAAAGGAUAUCAACCGGAUAUCUUUGCCUACAAUAUGCUACUUGAUGCUCUUGCCAAAGACGAAAAGGUUGAUCAAGCGAACAAGGUUUUUGAAGACAUGAAGAAGAAACACUGUGAGCCUGAUGAAUAUACAUAUACAAUUCUAAUCAGAAUGACUGGAAAACACGGGAAGCUUGAUGAUGCAAUAUCACUCUUUCAAGAAAUGCUAUCAAAGAACCUAGCUCCAAAUCUAAUUGCCUACAACACUACAAUCCAGCUUCAGAAGGACAACUUGAUACCAUUAUGUACAACACUGUGUUCACUGCUCUUGGGAAAUCAAAACAGCUUUGGGAGAGCUGGAAGAGUUGAUGAGGCUAUUAAGAUCUUUGAUGAGCUGGAGAAUAGUAACUGUAAGCCUGAUAUUAUAUCAUAUAAUUCUUUAAUAAAUUGUUUAGGGAAAAAUGGUGAUGUUGAUGAAGCUUACAUGAGGUGUAAAGAGAUGGAAGAGAAGGGUUUGAAUCCAGAUGUUGUUACAUAUAGUACAUUGAUCGAGUGUUUUGGGAAAUCAGAUAAAGUAGAAAUGGCUUGUAGAUUGUUUGAUGAAAUGCUUUCUGAAGGGUGUUGUCCUAAUAUUGUUACAUAUAACAUAUUGUUGGAUUGCCUUGAGAGAAGUGGGAGAACUGCUGAAGCUGUUGACUUGUAUGCAAAGAUUAAAGAACAAGGAGGCAAAAUCCAAUUACUGGAUGGGUUUUGUUUUCUUCAUUGGAAAAAGAAUUCGGGCAGCUUUUCUUCGAUAUGCUUGAAAUACGAUUGUCACAUGGGUGCAUCAACAAAUUCUUUAGCCACAACGAUUAGAAAAACAAAUUCUUCUACACAAAAUUCAGGAGAUUCAAUGGCUAUUACAGAUGAACAUACACUCUUGUUGAUUUAGUUAUUUUACUAGUAUAAUGUGCAUACAUGUUAGAUCAUGAAUUUAAGUUCAACAACACCAGCAAAGAUAGUGGUCACGACAAUUGAAUAUCAUGGCUGCUUUUUUUUUUGAGCCAAGUAUUUUUAUAUUUUUGGUUUUCAUCUCUUUGUAAAAAUAUGUUUAUUAGUACUUGUCAACAUUUAGGUUUCGUCGUUUAUGAAUUAGUAGAGUGUAAAUUGAUUAUUGAUUUGGAU